AUGGCUCUCGGGAGAUCAGAUUCUCUAAACGGGAGCGAUAUCAGUCCUUGUGCAACCGAUGUUGAGGCUCAGGCAGGUGGUGAAGCCUUUAGAUUAGAGGCGUUUCCGUCUGCGUCGCCUACCACUACUAGAAAUCCUAUCGGGCUCGAGGCUCAAAGCAGCCUCAGAAGACGCAGCCGGCGCUCUACCACUGCUCGUCCAUACUAUCCUGAGGUGCACUCUCCGAAUUGGCAUCCCGGUGAAGAGCCUGGAAUUGAUCCUACUGAUCCAAGCCUUCCCACCUCAUUUGCAGAUGAGGGAACCUUGUUACAGGCGCAAUUAUACCAACAAUGUGAUAUCACCGUGGUGGAUUUCUCUCACGAUCUUAUGCGUAUGUAUCACUUGGAUAACGCGACACUGGUGCCUUUUUUGGAGAGGGAGAGGGAGCCAUGGGUACAGUGCCGCUGGAUCAAUGUCAAUGGGUUGAGUUGGGAUGUCGUUAGGCUGUUGGCGAAUCACAAGCACCUUCACAGGUUGGCAGUAGAGGAUCUUAUGCAUUCUGUCAAUCGGACGAAGGUGGACUGGUUUUCUGACCAUACUUUUAUCGUCCUUGCAAUGCAAAAGUUGGUUAAGCAUAGAAAUCCCGAUGAAGACUCUGAGGUGGAGAGCGAAUCUGACGAUGAAGAGACGGUACAUGAAACAGAUGAUUCAAAACCACCCAGUCAUCAUUCCAAAAAGAAGAAACGCGGUGUGAUAAUGACGGCAUUGAUGGAUAUGUUUGUUCCCAAGUAUCAGCAGAGACGCCCGAGGCUCAAUGGUACAAAGAGGUCGCCCACGGAUCCGCAGCAGGAGGCGCCGGCUAGCCCACCUCGAGCCAUUCGUUCUUUACAGCGCUUUAGAGGAGGACCUAACGAGGACCGUAUAGAUUUCAUGGAGCGUCAUGCAGUUCUGGGACCCAAAGGACUCGGUGUUGGUAUUGAGCAAGUCUCUCUUUUCCUCCAUUCAGAUAACUCCGUGACAUCCUUCUUCGAGGCGAGUGCCGACGAUAUCGAAACUCCCAUUAUCCAACGACUCAGGUCUCCAGGGACUAUCUUGCGACAAAGCUGUGAUGCAAGCAUGAUAUUACAAGCUAUUAUUGAUGCUAUCACCGAUCUUGCAAUUCCGGUAACAAUGGCCUACCAAGACGCGAUGGGAGAUCUUGAAGUUCAAGUUCUUACCGAUCCGAAUAUCAAGCAGUCGAGUAGUCUGUACAUACUCACGUCCGAAAUUUCUGUUCUGCGAAAUGCCAUCCAGCCAAUUAUUGGAGUUAUCAAUUCCCUAAGAGACCAUAAGCCUGAUCCGAACGGCCGGCCUCAUCUAGGGUUUAAAACAGGAUUGACUGCAUGUUCGCAUACCAACAGUUCUGGUUUUGGUUCUGGUCCUGGCUCCCGGGUUGCCUCAAGUCAGGAAACCGAAGGAAUUACAAUGCCUUCAACCGUUAAUAUAAGUCCUAUGUGUCAAACUUAUCUGGGCGAUGUCUUAGAUCAUUGUAUCACUAUCAAUGACGGCUACGAUCAGAUGCGGCGCUCGGCAGAUAAUAUGAUUGACCUGAUAUUUAACACUAUUGGAGCUUAUCAAAACGAAAGUAUAACGCAGCUCUCGCUAGUAACCUGCAUGUUUCUACCCCUUACCUUCCUUUCGGGGUAUUUUGGAAUGAAUUUCAAGUCUUUCUCAAGCAUCCAGGAAUAUAGUGAUGCAUUUUUCUGGGCCAUUGCUAUCCCGUUUGUUUUUGUAGUUAUGGUCAUCUUAAUGCGUGAGGUGAUACAGCGUUACUUAAUGAAACUUGCAAACAAACGAUUAAUCUGGAGUUCAAGGCGACGGCGGAUACCUAAACGGCAGCGGGUACAAGAAAGUUGA